AUGGAGGAAAAGAAAGAGAAGGAGACGGCAAAGGCCACGGCUGCGGCAACCGCAAAGGACCAGGGCUCGUCGCCACAGUCCGACGAAGAGGAGGGCGAAGAGCUUGAGCAGGACCAGCUCGACACCCUGUACAAGAAGGCCCAAUCCUUUGAUUUCAACACACCAGAAGCGGAGCCUGCGGACACGUUUGCCAUGAGCCUUCGCCCCUACCAGAAACAAGCGCUGCACUGGAUGAUAUCCAAGGAAAAGGACCUCAAGAGCAACCGCGAGCCAAGCAUGCACCCUCUGUGGGAAGAAUAUGCGUGGCCAACCAAAGACUUUGACGACAAGGAUCUGCCCCAGGUCGAGGGACAGCCCAACUUUUACGUCAACCCUUACUCGGGCGAUCUUUCGCUUGACUUUCCCACACAGGAGCAGCAUUGCCUGGGCGGCAUCCUCGCCGAUGAGAUGGGUCUCGGCAAGACGAUUCAGAUGCUGUCGUUGGUCCAUACGCACCGCUCCGAGAUUUCUCUCAAGGCCAAGGCUCCUAAGACAAACCUCGAGUCGAUGAUUGAUCUGCCGCGUCUGACGUCGAGCGCAAACAACGUGCUGCAGGCUCCGUGCACUACGCUGGUCGUGGCUCCCAUGUCGCUGCUGGCACAGUGGCAGAGCGAGGCCGAGAAGGCGUCCAAGGAGGGAUCUCUGAAGACUCUCAUGUACUACGGGGCCGACAAGGCAAACAGCAACCUGCAGGCUCUGUGUUGCGAAGACGGCGCUGCCUCAGCGCCCGAUGUCGUCAUCACCAGCUACGGUGUCAUCUUGUCAGAAUUCACCCAGCUUGCGAACAAGAAAGGCGACAGGGCGUAUCACAAUGGCAUUUUCUCUCUCAACUUCUUCCGCGUGAUUCUGGACGAGGGUCACAACAUCAAGAACCGCCAGUCCAAGACGGCCAAGGCCUGCUAUGAAAUUGCGGCCGAGCAUCGAUGGGUGUUGACCGGCACGCCCAUCGUCAACAGGCUGGAGGACCUGUUCAGUCUCGUGCGUUUCCUACGCGUGGAGCCAUGGAACAACUUCUCCUUCUGGCGCACCUUUAUCACGGUUCCCUUCGAGUCGAAGAACUUCAUGCGGGCGCUCGACGUUGUUCAGACUGUUUUAGAGCCACUGGUGUUGCGACGGACAAAGGACAUGAAGACGCCGAACGGCGAUCCGCUUGUGCCCCUACCGCCGAAGAAGGUCGAAAUCGUCGGUGUCAAGCUCGGCGAGGCGGAGCGCGGCAUUUACGACUACAUUUUCCUGCGCGCCAAGCAGGCCUUUUCAAAGAACAUGGAGGCAGGCACCGUCAUGAAGUCGUUCACCAGCAUCUUUGCCCAGAUCCUGCGGCUGAGGCAGAGCUGCUGCCACCCGAUUCUUGUCCGCAACAAGGAUGUCGUCGCAGACGAGGAAGAGGCUGGCGCGGCGGCGGAUCUGGCGGCGGGCCUUGCUGAUGACAUGGAUCUCAAUGUCCUCAUCGAGCACUUCUCUGCCGACACGUCAGAAACGGAGACGAAUCCCAAUGCCUUCGGUGCACACGUCCUCGGCCAGAUUCGCGAUGAAGAAGCGAGCGAGUGCCCGAUCUGUUCGGAGGAGCCCAUGAUUGAGCAGACGGUGACCGGGGGCUGUUGGCACUCGGCCUGCAAGAAGUGUCUGUUGGACUAUAUGAAGCACCAGACAGACCGCCACAAGGUCCCGACGUGCCCGAAUUGCCGAGCCGAGAUCAACUACCGCGACCUCUUCGAAGUGGUGCGUGACGACAGCGACCUCGACAUGUUCCAGAAGCCCCGGAUCAGCCUGCAGCGCGUGGGCAAGAACAGCUCGUCCGCCAAGGUGGUCGCGUUGAUCAGCGCCCUCCGUGAACUGAGGCGCGAGCAUCCGCGCAUGAAAUCGGUCGUGUUCAGCCAGUUCACCUCGUUUCUGACUCUGAUCGAACCGGCGCUGGCUAAGUCGAACAUUAAAUUCCUACGGCUCGACGGCACCAUGGCGCAAAAGGCCCGCGCGGCCGUGUUGAACGAAUUUCAGGAAGCCAACCAGUUUACCAUUUUGCUUCUGAGUCUUCGCGCUGGCGGUGUCGGGCUCAACCUGACGACCGCCAAGCGCGUGUACAUGAUGGAUCCGUGGUGGAGUUUUGCCAUUGAGGCGCAGGCCAUUGACCGCGUGCAUCGCAUGGGUCAAGAGGACGAAGUCAAGGUGUAUCGCUUUAUUGUCGAGCAAAGUGUCGAGGAGAGGAUGCUCAAGGUGCAGGAGCGGAAGAAGUUUUUGGCAACGUCUCUCGGCAUGAUGAGCGACGAAGAGAAGAAGCACCAGCGGAUCGAGGACAUCAAGGCCCUCCUCGACUACGAAGUCACCUCGUCGCCGAAAUGCGCCCCUCGCAACAGGGCACCUGACAAAGAAGAAACACCACCCUGGACCGCCGGUAUCGAGAAAAGCUCCAUCGGCGCGCACGACCAAGACAUGGACACGAUCCUCCCACUGCUCAAGACGAUAGCCCGCAGCCGCCCAAAGUCGACCAAGACGCCCGAGCGGCGUCCGUCCCGCGACAAGUCUCGCGGUGACAAGCAGCAGCAGCAGCAGCAGCAGCACAACGGCGAGCUCGAGGUCCUCCUCUUCCUGCUCGCGCACAAGGGCAUGGAGUACGCGGCCAAGCGGUACCUGGCCUCGGAGCACGGGACCAAGAGGCGCGAGGAGGGUCAGCCGGCUGUUGACGGCGACGCGCUCGAACGGCUGGGGCGGGUUAUCCUGGCCAAGAUCAUGGGCGCGAAGGACGAGGGGCGGACGGCGGGAGGGGGGGCGCGGCGCAGACAUCGCGAUGACGGGAACGACAGGGACGGGAACGGCAAGGAAAGGAACCACAAGGACGGGAACGACAAACAUGGGAACGGCAAGCAUGGGAACGACAUGAACGGGAACGGCAAGCACAGGCAUGACAAGCACAGGCACGACACGGGGCAGCGACGGCACCGGGAUGCAUCGUCCGAGUCGCGGUCUCGUCACCGACGGCAGUACGGCGGACACCGGGGCCGAGACGACGACGGUGGCAAGCACGAGAUGCAUCGACGGGGGCAGCACGAGGGCGACGCGCAUCGACGGCAGAGGCGACACGGGCCGGCGCUCGAGAUGGAGGAGCUGCGCGUGAGGCUGGAGGACAUGUCGGAGGCGCUCAUCGGGAUGAAUGAGAGGCCUGCCGGGCAGCCGGGCCAUGAGGAGUGCGCGUACUACGACCUCUUCGUCGCGGCGUCGACGCCGCUGCAGGAUGCUAUUGGGGGUGUUCUGGGCCAGAUGAGGGAGGUCGAGGGGAGGAAGGGCCGCGGCCGGCGGAGGCACGGCGGCGAGCACAAGGAGAGGCGGAAGAAGGAGGUGCCGGAGCCUGAGGUCGAAUGA